AUCAAUUUAUGUAAAGAUUGAAUGAUUGCAUUUCCCAGCGUUACAACGUCAGGAACCUUUCACAACCCCUCCUUCAACGUCUCAUCUCCCCCACAUGCACAUUCGUAAGAGAGCUCCAACCCCUGGCACAAGUGAUCGUGCCAGAUAGUCACACGAUGUAAUCGGACCCCUCCACACUCCAACUCACUCUCUCUCACGCAUGCUGUUUCUCUUUCCCAUUCUUUCUCCGUACCAACAAAGUCUUUCGAUUAUUUGUCUCUCCUCCAAACUCAAUCCCCCCAUGUACACAAAAAUGCCACUUUAUCAGAUCCUCUCCUCUCACGCCCUCAUGCCUCAUCCUUCAAAUCUCACCUUGAACAAGCACGACAUCAAACAUCACAAAUCAUCUCAUCAUUCCUCACCAAUAAGCGCCCCUCUCUCACUCCUUCUCACCAUUUUUCUCACCGAACCUCCCGGAUCAUUUAUUCCUGUCUUCUCUCCCUCACAGCCUCUCUCCGCAGCCCGCACGGCUCACUCACGCACCAUUCUCUCGCCGUGAACAUGCAUCUGCAUUGCAUCCCAAAAGUCCAGCUGAUCAUCACAGACCCACAGCGAUAAACCCCCCCAUGUCCGCAGCCAAUAAAACGCGCAAGGGUGCUGCGAUUCAAGUUCCGAUGACAGAUCACGUCGC